CGCUGCGAGGAAAGGGCACCCGCUGUGUCUCCUCGCCGGGACCCCCGCCGAGCCGCCCUCGCCGCCGCUGAGCCCCGAGAGCAGCAGGGCUCCGCUUAGGCGGAAUCUUCGAGUGCCGCGCCCGUGCACUGCCGGCCCGGGGAGGCGCCGCCCGCAAGGACACCUCUCCGUUCCCCCUCGGCCGCAACUCCGGCCCUCGUCGAGCUCGACACGAGCCAGGAGCCCAGACGUCUCUCCGCGCACGACGCAGCAGCAGCCCGACCAGUCCCCGCUGCCCCAGCUCGGAGGCAACUCCAACUUGGACCUGGGACUUCCGACGCGGAUCCUCAGCUACUUCUCACCUCGGGCAGCGCCCUCCUCCUCCGCUCAGGACGGGGGUGCCAAGAUGUCCCGCAGCGGCUCAGGGCCCCGGGCCGCCCCCGACGUGUGACCCUAGCCUGGUCCCCCUGCUCGGCGGGCCGCCCUCCCCUUGGAGACCCCCGGCCCGGCUUCCGGGGGAGGAGGAAGGAGACCACGAGGCCGACGGGGGGAUGUCCGGCUCCAAAAGCGUGAGCCCCCCGGGCUUCGCAGCGCAGAAGACUGCGGCGGCAGCGCCCCGGGGAGGCCCGGAACACCGCUCAGCGUGGGGCGAGGCCGAUUCCCGCGCCAAUGGCUACCCCCACGUCCCCGGGGGUUCGGCCCGCGGCUCCACCAAGAAACCCGGGGGGGCGGUGGCCCCGCAGCAGCAGCAGCAGCGCCUGGCCAGCCGCUGGCGCAGCGACGACGACGACGAUCCUCCGCUGAGCGGCGACGACCCCCUGGCCGGGGGCUUCGGUUUCAGCUUUCGCUCCAAGUCCGCCUGGCAGGAGCGCGGCGGGGACGACUGCGGUCGCGGCAGCCGCCGGCAACGGCGGGGCGCGGCCGGCGGGGGCAGCACCCGGGCGCCCCCUGCGGGCGGCGGCGGCGGCUCGGCUGCGGCGGCGGCCGCGGCGGGCGGGACGGAGGUGCGCCCCCGUUCGGUGGAGGUGGGCCUGGAGGAGCGGCGGGGCAAGGGCCGCGCGGCCGACGAGGUGGAGGCCAGCGCCGUCGAGGGCGGCGAGGGGUCCGGGGAUGGCGGCAGCUCGGCGGAUUCGGGCUCCGGUGCGGGGCCCGGCGCGGUGCUGUCCCUGGGCGCCUGCUGCCUGGCGUUGCUGCAGAUAUUCCGCUCCAAGAAGUUCCCGUCGGACAAGCUGGAGCGGCUGUACCAGCGCUACUUCUUCCGCCUGAACCAGAGCAGCCUCACCAUGCUCAUGGCCGUGUUGGUGCUCGUGUGCCUGGUCAUGCUGGCCUUCCACGCGGCGCGGCCCCCGCUCCAGCUGCCCUACCUGGCGGUGCUGGCGGCCGCGGUGGGCGUGAUCCUCAUCAUGGCUGUGCUCUGCAACCGUGCCGCCUUCCACCAGGACCACAUGGGCCUGGCCUGCUAUGCGCUCAUCGCUGUGGUGCUGGCCGUCCAGGUGGUGGGCCUGCUGCUGCCGCAGCCGCGCAGCGCCUCCGAGGGCAUCUGGUGGACCGUGUUCUUCAUCUACACCAUCUACACGCUGCUGCCCGUGCGCAUGCGGGCCGCGGUGCUCAGCGGGGUGCUCCUGUCCGCCCUCCACCUGGCCAUCGCCCUGCGCACCAACGCCCAGGACCAGUUCCUGCUCAAACAGCUUGUCUCCAAUGUCCUCAUUUUCUCCUGCACCAACAUUGUGGGCGUCUGCACCCACUACCCGGCUGAGGUCUCCCAGAGGCAGGCUUUCCAGGAGACCCGAGAGUGUAUCCAGGCGCGGCUCCACUCACAGAGGGAGAACCAGCAGCAGGAGCGGCUCCUGCUGUCUGUCCUUCCCCGUCAUGUUGCCAUGGAGAUGAAAGCAGACAUCAACGCCAAGCAGGAGGAUAUGAUGUUCCAUAAGAUUUACAUCCAGAAACAUGACAACGUGAGCAUCCUGUUUGCGGACAUCGAGGGUUUCACCAGCCUGGCAUCCCAGUGCACUGCACAGGAACUGGUCAUGACCCUUAACGAGCUCUUUGCCCGCUUCGACAAGCUGGCCGCAGAGAAUCACUGUUUACGUAUUAAGAUCCUCGGGGAUUGUUAUUACUGUGUCUCGGGGCUGCCUGAAGCGAGGGCUGACCACGCCCACUGCUGUGUGGAGAUGGGCAUGGACAUGAUCGAGGCCAUCUCACGCAUCCACAUCACCAAGGCUACACUCAACUACCUGAACGGGGACUACGAGGUGGAGCCGGGCUGUGGGGGCGAGCGCAACGCCUACCUCAAGGAGCACAGUAUUGAGACCUUCCUCAUCCUGCGCUGCACCCAGAAGCGGAAAGAAGAGAAGGCCAUGAUCGCCAAGAUGAACCGCCAGAGAACCAACUCCAUCGGGCACAACCCACCGCACUGGGGGGCUGAGCGCCCCUUCUACAACCACCUGGGUGGUAACCAGGUGUCCAAGGAGAUGAAGCGGAUGGGCUUUGAAGACCCCAAGGACAAGAAUGCCCAGGAGAGUACAAACCCUGAGGAUGAAGUGGAUGAGUUUCUGGGCCGCGCCAUUGAUGCCAGGAGCAUCGAUAGGCUGCGGUCUGAGCAUGUCCGCAAGUUCCUCUUGACCUUCAGGGAGCCUGACUUAGAGAAGAAGUACUCCAAGCAGGUGGAUGACCGAUUUGGUGCCUAUGUGGCAUGUGCCUCGCUCGUCUUCCUCUUCAUCUGCUUUGUCCAGAUCACCAUCGUGCCCCACUCCAUAUUCAUGCUCAGCUUCUACCUGACCUGUUUCCUGCUGCUGACCUUGGUGGUGUUUGUGUCUGUGAUCUACUCCUGCGUAAAGCUCUUCCCCUCCCCGCUGCAGACCCUCUCCAGGAAGAUCGUGCGGUCCAAGAUGAACAGCACCCUGGUUGGGGUGUUCACCAUCAUCCUAGUGUUCCUGGCGGCUUUUGUCAACAUGUUCACGUGCAACUCCAAGGACCUGCUGGGCUGCUUGGCACAGGAGCACAAUAUCAGCGCAAACCAGGUCAACGCAUGUCACGUGGUAGAGUCGGCCGUCAACUACAGCCUGGGUGACGAGCAGGGCUUCUGCGACAGCCCCUGGCCCAACUGCAACUUCCCUGAGUACUUCACCUACAGUGUGCUGCUCAGCCUGCUGGCCUGCUCCGUGUUCCUGCAGAUCAGCUGCAUCGGGAAGCUGGUGCUCAUGCUGGCCAUCGAGCUCAUCUACGUGCUCAUCGUGGAGGUGCCAGGUGUCACGCUGUUCGACAAUGCCGACCUGCUGGUCACCGCCAACGCCAUAGAUUUCAGCAACAACGGGACCUCCCAGUGCCCUGAGCACGCAACCAAGGUGGCACUGAAGGUGGUGACACCCAUCAUCAUCUCAGUCUUCGUGCUGGCCCUGUACCUGCAUGCCCAGCAGGUGGAGUCCACUGCCCGCCUCGACUUCCUCUGGAAACUGCAGGCCACAGAGGAGAAGGAAGAGAUGGAGGAGCUGCAGGCCUACAACCGGCGGCUGCUGCACAACAUCCUGCCCAAGGACGUGGCCGCUCACUUCCUGGCCCGCGAGCGGCGCAACGAUGAGCUCUACUAUCAGUCCUGUGAGUGCGUGGCGGUCAUGUUCGCCUCCAUCGCCAACUUCUCCGAGUUCUAUGUCGAGCUGGAGGCCAACAACGAGGGUGUCGAGUGCCUACGGCUGCUCAACGAGAUCAUCGCUGACUUCGAUGAGAUCAUCAGUGAGGAUCGGUUCAGGCAGCUGGAGAAGAUCAAGACCAUUGGCAGCACCUACAUGGCCGCUUCUGGCCUCAACGACUCCACCUAUGACAAGGCGGGCAAGACCCACAUCAAGGCACUGGCCGACUUUGCUAUGAAGCUGAUGGACCAGAUGAAGUACAUCAAUGAGCACUCCUUCAACAACUUCCAGAUGAAGAUUGGGCUCAACAUCGGCCCCGUGGUGGCUGGGGUGAUUGGGGCACGAAAGCCUCAGUACGACAUCUGGGGCAAUACGGUGAACGUGGCUAGCCGCAUGGACAGCACUGGUGUGCCCGACCGCAUCCAGGUCACCACGGACAUGUACCAGGUGCUGGCUGCCAACACUUACCAACUGGAGUGCCGGGGUGUGGUCAAGGUCAAGGGCAAAGGCGAGAUGAUGACGUACUUCCUCAAUGGAGGGCCCCCGCUCAGUUAGCAGCUGCUGGCCAGUGGGGCCAGGCAGCCUGGCCUCCAGAGGCAUGGAAGCAGCUUCUCUGUGUGCCGGGGGUGGCGGGGAAGCCAUGCUCCAGCCCGCAGGGCUGCGCUGCUGAGAUUUUCCACUUGGACUCCAGAGCAGCUUCUGCCUUUGCUGGUGGGCAGCGGCCUCUAUCCCAGGCCCCGAGGUGCCAGCGUCCUGCGAGCACCCAGCUGACCAAAGAUGUUUCCCUCUGUAGAAGACUCUGCUAGACUGGGUCUGAAGCUUGAGUUUUCUAACAGGUGCUGCUGCACAGGUGGAAAGGAGCCGUGGGAGUGUGUGUGUGGCGCAGCCCAGACAGGGGCAGAGCUGAGGGAGGGGCCUCCGCCUCAGCUGGGGGUAGAUGGGCUCCACUCCGGCCUGGAGGAGCCUAGGGGUCUGCUUUUCCAUGUGAGCCUUUAACCUUCAGACAGAGGCCACGAUCCUGCACCUGCAGGGGCUUUGGGGCAGGAGUGCUGGCUUUGGAGGGACUGUGGCCUUCAUCGUGGUCCUCUGCCCACACCUCCACGCACAUAGACAGUGCCCUAGGAGGGAAACAAACAGAACUAAUUAUGAGGGGGAGGAAAGAGGACACCAAGCAAGGAGUGGUGAUUCUGAGAAAAAAUAUUUAUUAAACAAAACAAAACUAGUUCUCCGUGCCCUUCUUUAGACUAUGCUAGUUGUAUGCGUGUAAGACACACAAGCAAAUGAGGACGCCACUCGGGGGGAGGGCAGGGAUCCCCACUUGUCUUUUUUGUAUUUUUUAUUUUGUAUUAUUGAAAGCCUUGGAGAUCUCACAGAUAUGCCAAAUUCUAUAUUUUGUAAAUUAGAAAACAGCUGUGCACAGCAGGGCGUGUGUGCUCAUUUGUACUGUGUGUAUGUUGCUGUAUGUACUAGUGUAUAUGUGUGUAUGUUCAUGCUGUGGAACUGGUCUUACGCAGGAUGCGUUUCCCUUAUUUCAGAUUUGGCAGUUUUGGUUUUCCCAGGUACCACCAGAGCAGUGGGUGUGUGCUUUCGGGGUGCCAUAUGCCCAGAUUGAGGAGGAGGAUGCACGGACACAUUGACCCAUCUUUCUCUGCCACACACACGUGUGUACACACAUGCACACACCCUGCUUCCCCUAAGAAAAAUGCAGAUGAAAUAAGAAAAAAACUGUUUUCCCAUUCCAGGCCAAGCUGGAACCAAGGGAAGCAACCUCAUUCUGCAGCAGGUAGCAUGGCACCCUCCACACCCUGAGAUUUCAGACAUUUGUUGCCUGCAGAGGCAGGUCCUGCAAACUCCCGGGUGCUCUGCAGGCUGGGGCAAGGAAACCAAGCCUGCCUGGCCUGCUCAGUUGGCCAAGGUACAGGUGGCUCUUCCUGGAGAUGAUCACUCAGUCCAGGGAUGCAAUGUGCAGCGAGCCCUCAGGUUUGGGGAAAGGGAGUAGCCUUGACCUCCACCGGCAAACCAGGCAGAGGAAUGGGUAGAGCCCAGCUUCAGAGUCCACAGGGAAAGCUAGCAGAAAUUUUCUUUUAUCGGGAUGGGGCAGUUAAACAUACCAAGAAAAAAAUACUAUUUUUAUAAGCUAUGAGGAAAGCAUAUGGAAAAUGAUACUGUAUCACAGAAUUCAAACAGAAUCCUUAGGGCCCAUGCCCAAAUCUCUCCAUUGCUUCUCAGGUUAGAAUUAUCCUCCCUCCAACAUGAGCUUGAAGGCAGUAAGGCAGCAGCUGUGCUAGCUGCCAAAAUGUUACUUUGAUGUCCACCUGCACCACCUCUCACUGGGCUCGAUCAACACCCUCCCUUCCCUGCACACCAAUCCCACCACAAUUCAAACACAGCUCUGAGAAGCAAAGUGUGUGGACCCAAAACUGCCAAGCCUGAGUCUGUCCCGUGCUUCUACAUUGCCAUCAUGCCGUGGGCCGCAGGAGGCCCGCCUUCUCCCAGCUGUUGUUCUCAAGUUCCCUGCCCCUCCACAGCGCCUGCCAGUGGUGGUGGGUUUUCGUUCUGCUUCCAACCCGAGUAAAGUGUGUGUGCUGAGUUCAUCCCAUGUUCCCCCAUGGUCACAGCCUCCUGGCCCCACGGAGGCCCCUCUCCCAUCCUAGCAGUGACUGGUGACCGCGUGCAGGUGCAGUGCUAGCUCUUCGUUCCCUCUAAGGGGUGUGCACUCUUUUUAUUCCUACUCUUGCAAAAACGGAUACGAUUAUGAUUUCCCAUGGAAAUUGAAGUCUAUUUAAAUAAUUUAACUAUUAAACACUUUCACUGGUAA